GGAAGGCGGGACUGAGAGGUGAGGGGUCGGUAAAUAUUGGUGACGUCACGCCGCCAAGAUGGCGGAAGGGGAGGACGCGGGCUGGUGGCGGAGCUGGCUGCAGCAGAGUUACCAGGCCGUUAAGGAGAAGUCCACAGAAGCUUUAGAAUUCAUGAAACGGGACCUGGCUGAGUUCACUCAAGUUGUGCAGCAUGAUACAGCCUGCACGAUCGCUGCUACGGCCAGCGUGGUCAAGGACAAACUGGCAAGGACGGAAGCUUCUGGUGCAACUGAAAAGGUGAGGAAGGGGAUCUCUGACUUCCUGGGUGUCAUCUCAGACACUUUUGCUCCUUCACCAGACAAGACCAUCGACUGCGAUGUCAUAACGCUGAUGGCAACACCCACGGGUACCACAGAGCCCUAUGACAGUGCGAAGGCUCGCCUCUACAGCCUCCAGUCAGACCCAGCCACCUACUGCAACGAACCUGACGGCCCUGCUGAGCUUCUUGAAGCCUGGCUCUCCCAGUUUAGCCUGGAAGAGAAGAAAGGGGAGAUCGCAGAACUGCUGGCAACCAGCCCUUCCAUCCGGGCCCUCUACACUAAAAUGGUCCCUGCGGCUGUGUCCCACUUGGAGUUCUGGCAGCGCUACUUCUACAAAGUGCAUCGCCUGGAGCAGGAUGAAGUCCGGAGGGAGGCCCUGAAGCAGCGCGCGGAGCAGAGCAUUCACCAAGAGGAGCCAGGCUGGGAAGAGGAUGAAGAGGAGUUCUUGGGGAUGUCACCCCUGCCUUGUGCGAACGUGAAAUUUCCACAAGCAGCAGAGAAAGCAUCUGCUCCUGCAGCCCUGGAGGGGAGCCACCCCUCUGUUCACAAGGAACCCUCGGAGGAAAGCUGGGCCAUCCUCCCUCCUGAGCUGGCCCCAGCAGAGGGGAGCCCCUCCGAGAGCAGCGAGAGCGUUUCCCUCGUGACUCAGAUUGCAAACCCUGCCUCUGUGCCUGCCGUGCAGCUACAGACUGGAGUGCAGCCAUCUGGGGACAGAGUGCUCUCCCAGAGGCUGCUGGAGGCCACCUCAGAGGAGCAGAACCCGCUGCCAAAGCCCCCCGAACCGGGGCGUCCCUCUGCGCAGCAGCCAGCAGCGCGCUCAGAGCAGCCGGCUGUGAGUGGGGCCAAAGAGGUGGAGAGCAAAGCCCAAGGCAGGACAGAGACUCUGAAAGAGGAAGGACCAGCAGAUCUGCGGAUCUUUGAGCUGAACUCUGACAGUGGGAAGUCCACCCCUUCCAACAACGGCAAGAAAGGUUCCAGCACUGAUAUCAGCGAGGACUGGGAGAAGGACUUUGAUUUGGAUAUGACUGAAGAGGAGGUGCAGCUGGCGUUGUCCAAGGUGGAGGUGUCUGGGGAGCUGGAAGAUGAAGAGUGGGAAGACUGGGAAUAAAGCAACGGCUUCCAGCUUAUCACAGGCUCAUUUCCACCAUCGAAUGUGAAUUAAAUCACGGACCGGCUAUUCCUUUGUGUGUAACUGUGCUGGGGAUUGCAGCUCCUGGCUGAAGGAGUUUUACUCCUGCUAAAUCCUGUGGGCAACUCAAACGACCCCUUCAGACCCAGAGGAGGGGGGAAGAAGUGGGAAUUUGCUCGUACACUUUAAGCUGCGGGGGAGCUCAUCUUCUGAGGAGGUCCGAGAGAGUGGCGAGGCCAAAACUGACAGCCCCAAAAGCAUCAGGUGGAGGCAGAUGCAAUGCAGUGAGGGGCUGAGUGGGCACUUGGGCAGCUGGCAGGAUUGCUUGGUGCUGUCAGACUGCCUGUUGGGUGAUGGUGUGUGUGUGUGUUUAAUCUGUGUGCAGCAGCUCAGAGGUUCCCAGGUGCUGCUCCUGCUCGCUCUCUGAGCUGCUGGCUCAUCGCCCCCGUUGUGGGGAGCGGCUGGGGCUGGAGGUACUGCAGCAGAAGUGUCUGCUGUCAACUCACUGCUGCAAAGGAAAGCAGUUGGCUUUUGGCUUUGGCCUGAAGCUGGGCCGCGCUGGAAGGAGCUAAACUCCCUGCCAAACCCUUAGCUUCUGCCUGGCUUUUUGUCUUGGAAGCUUCUUCUAAUGGAAACUCCUGUCUCCUGCAGCAAGAGCAAUGGCUCCUCUAAGAGCCAAGGCUUGAUGUUGUGCUCUUUGCAGCUAAAACAGCUGCACUGCCUUUCUCUACUGCGUUUUGUGUACUUCUAUUAAACUCUCCAAGCAGAGUGCUUGUGGCUUGCUCUUUCCUGAGCCCUUCCUGGGUGGGCGGUGCUUUGGGUCAGCCUGGAGCAGCACCCUGCUGCACCGGUGCCCUUAGCAGAGCUGCAGCCACCCCUUUGUCUGCCCCACAGGCCGCCCUCUGCUCAUUUGGUUUCCUUCACUUGAGCCCCUGCGACUGCUUGCAAUGCUUCCUUCAGCCCCAGCGCCCCUUUCCAGGGCAGUUCCCUCUUAAGGUCAGGAGAUGCUCCUCACUGGAAGUCAGGAACAGGAGGUUCCCUAAGGGGGCGGAGCUGUGCUUGGCCUUUUGGGAGGUGGUUUCAUACCUGCUACCUUUGUUCUUCUGCCCCUUCCUUGGCUGCUUCAUUUGAGCUGUGGUUUCCUCAUUUCUAGUUGCAUUAGUGUAGGUGCUCUUGGAAAACUUGAUAUUGUUCUCCCCACGUUUGGGGACAUUCAAACGCGGCCGCCGAUGCGUGGGUUGGCGGCAGCACCGACUUGAGGCCCUUACAUGAGAGCUGCUUGUGCUGCAGAACCCACGAGGAGCAGGGACUGAAUGCAGCUCAGCUCCCACAGCGUCCAGCAGAGCCUCUACAACCUGCACAGCCUCACCUGUGGGCUGCGUUUGGCUCCAGCAGAAAAACCUGUUGUGAGCAAAUGCCGGGCAGCCGUGGGGCAGCUCCUGCUGUGGGGCUGCUGCCGGGGCGGGCGCUCAGGGCUGCGCUCCCUGGGUCUGUGAGUCAGGCUGGAUGCAGAGCUCUGGGGCUGCGCUGCCCUUGCGUGUCUCUUUCCUUUAGUCAAAUUAACCAUUUGGUUGUCUGUGCAAUAUUCUCUGUUUGGAACUAUUCCACAUCUCCCUGAGCCUUUUCUAGCUGGGGUGAAAAACCAGGAACAAUUCUAACAGCUGGUAGUUUUGUAACAAUGACUUUCUCCAAACCUUUUACAGACUUGCAGUUAACAGCAAUUAAAAGAAUUCAGCAGUC